UUUUUUUAUACUCCAGUAUUACAAUUUUGUCUUUGUAGAAAAAUUUGGUUUCCAAAAACCAAAUUUUUUAUAGUCCAAAUUCAGAGUAAAUUUCGGUUUUUAGAAACCGAAAUUUUUCUUCAAGCCAAAAAAAUUAAUUUAUAGAAACCGAAAUUUUUUGGAAGGAAAAAACUCGAAAUUUAGAGGUAUAAAAGAAACCCGGAAGAUAAAACAUGAAAAUAAAAAUCAUUUAUAAUUUGAACUGUAUUUUAUCCGUUCAAUCAGAAAUGGAUUACGGAACUAACUACAUAGGGAAAUGGAAUCGUGCUACGAAAGAAUAAACCAACACUUUCUAAUUCUAAAAAACAAAAAGAUUCUCACAAAAAUGAAAACACUCUCUCAUGAAGUCAAGUCUUUUCCUUUCACUUCAUUCACUCUCAUUCUCAUACACGCAAAAACCAAAACCAUUAAUUACUUUUUGAAUUUUAUUAAUUAAAAUACUAUUUUUUUCUUCCAUUUUCAUUUCCUAUAUAAACUCUUAUCUUCUACCUUCAUUCUCACUAACUCACUCACUCACUUAAAUAUUCACUUUCCCUCUCUAUUCCGUUACAGUUACCGUUACAGUUUGUUAUGGCGGAGACACCGGUGAUACUCCCGGCGUCGGUUGAGAAUCUCAUAGAACGAAUUCGUGAGAAACAAAAUCAACCACCGCUUCAUCAUUCUACGAUACAACAACUUGCUUUGAUCGGAGAACAACGAGCAUUAGAACUUCUCAAUGUAAUCACCAAAACGACAAUUCGAGCUAGUUUUGAUGGUUUCAUUGUGCAUUUGAUGAAGAAUUUAUCUCAGAACUCUGUUUCUCCUCCUCCUCCUCCGGCAUCAUCUUCAGAAGCAUCUAUGUCACCGUUGCCGUCACCACCACCACCUAAACCCUUUCCUUCUUUAUCAUUGUCAGAAUCGUCACUGUCACCGUCACGAUCACUGUCACCGUUAACGUUACAUCCACCGCCGUACUGUGUUCUAACGGCAUUAGGUGAAUUGGAGUUUCGAAAGUCGUUUCUGCUUUUGAGCUAUGCUGGAGAGGAGAAUAUUGAAAAUGAUGUCCGUGCUGAAUAUGUUGAAAGUCUGAAGGAUUUACCGAUGCGAGAUUUUGAGAAUGAAAUAUGGGAAACUGUAGGGAUGCGUCGUGGUGUUCAACGCAAGGAUCGUCAAUUGUAUCUUGAUUGGGAUUCUGGCAGGACACAUAUAUACCAGUGCUAUGUUUCUCGAAAUGGGAGCUUAAGGUUCAAGGGCCCUAUUUUGCAAAACACACGGACACACCUGCAGAAGUCACUAGGUGAUGACAAUGUUUUGCUUGUGAAAUUCUGUGAUGUUGGAAAGACAAGUCCUCAAGAGGCUGCUAAGCUCUAUGGGAAGUUUGGAAAAGAAGGGAUUCGUGUUGGUCAUCGUUUGUAUCGUUUUUUUGUUUUCAAAGAUGGUGGAAAGGAAGAGAAGAAGAAGGAGGAUCAAACAACUUCUUCGGCCAAAUGCUAUACUUCUUCUGUCAAAUGCUAUUUUGUUAGGACAGAAUCACAUUGUUCUGUCGAUCAGAUGGAAGAUUACAUUUUGUCAAAUAGGACAAUGUUUGAAUCUAGAUUGUUAUUUAUGCAUGCACACCUGUUACCCAGUAUUGACAAGUAUAUGGCUAGGUUCUCUCUAAUUCUGUCGAAGACCUAUAAGCUUAAUAUUGACUUGACAACCGUGACUGUCCAAGAGAUACAAGAUGAAUAUUGCCGGGAUGGAAAUGGCAACAAAAUUGAUAAUGAAUCUAUUCUCACUGAUGGAACUGGGUUUAUCUCAGAAGACUUGGCGGUGCUCUGCCCUCACAAUGUUUACAAAGGAACGAACAUGAAGGAUACACAUGUUAAGGAAAUUUCCAAUCUGGUUGAGCUUCAGGAUAUGAGUAGGGCUGUGGGAGAAACAGCACUGAGCACACAUCAGCCACCACUGCUGAUUCAGUGCCGUCUCUUUCACAAGGGUAGUGCAAUCAAGGGUACUCUUUUGGUCAACAGAAAGCUUCCUCCAAAGACCAUACAGGCUCGUCCUUCAAUGAUUAAAGUUCGCGAAGACUUGAACCUUUUAAAUGGCCUUUCAAAUGGCCUUUCAAUUGUUCCAAGCAUAAAUUCGUUGGAAGUAGUAACUACAAGCCAAAAACCAAAUAGAUCAUAUUUAUCUAAAUAUUUGAUCGCACUUCUGAGUUAUGGAGGAGUUCCAAAUGAAUUCUUCAUGGAUGUACUUAAGAGAAAUUUAGAAGAUGCAGACCAUGUCUAUACCAAAAAGCGUACUGCCCUCAGAGUUUCUGUCAACCAUGGUGAGAUGGAUGAAUACAAUGCUGCAGCAAUGAUUUUAUGUGGGAUCCCUCUUGAUGAACCGUUUCUACAAUAUCACCUGAAUAUACUUGUAAAGGCGGAAAAGAACAGGCUUGGAGAAGGGAAACUAUACUUAGAAGAUUGUUUCUACAUGAUGGGGACUGUUGAUCCCACUCGUACCCUUAAACCCAAUCAAGUCUGCAUUAUUCAUGAAAAUGGCCAAAUUACUGGGGAUGUGCUGGUUUAUCGAAAUCCAGGUUUACAUUUUGGGGACAUUCACAUAAUGCAGGCCAGAUAUGUGGAGGGGUUAGAAUCUUAUGUUGGACAUGGAAAAUAUGCAAUUUUUUUCCCUUGUGUCGGUUCUCGUUCCGUUGCAGAUGAGAUAGCUGGAGGUGAUUUUGACGGUGACAUGUACUGGAUUUCAAAAAAUGCUCAGUUGUUGCAACAUUUUAGACAGAGCGACCCUUGGAUCGAAAGUCCACCAAAUUCUGUCAGAUUGAGUUCUAGUGUUAUAAAGCCAUAUGAACUUUCACAUGAGCAACUUGAGGAAGAACUUUUUAAGCUAUAUCUGGAAACUCGGUUCCAACCAAGUAGCACAAUAGGUGCUGCAGCUGAUAGUUGGAUGGCACUCAUGGACCGCCUUUUGAUAUUUAGAAAUGACGUAACAAAAGAAGAGGAGGUGCAGCAAGUUAAAAGUAAUAUCCUUAAAUUGAUUGAUUUAUACUAUGAGGCAUUAGAUGCUCCGAAGAAAGGUGGAGGAAAGAUCCAAGUUCCAAAGGAUUUGAUUGUAGAAAUGUACCCGCACUACAUGAAAAGGGACAAUUCUUUCACUUCAACCUCUAUCUUAGGUUCAAUAUUCGACGAGGUUUGCAGAUGGCAAAUAACUGAUGUGUCUGGGAUUGAAAUUAGAAAACUACCGUGCUUUGAUGUUGAAAUACCGGACGACUAUAAGCAUAAGUGGAGCAGUCUUUAUAUUCAGUAUAGGCAAGAUAUGAGUACUGCCUUAAAUGGUAAGCGUCCUAAUUCCAAUGAAGAGGCAAAUGAAGUCAUUAAGCUGUAUAAGAAGAUAUUUAAUGAUGCUAUUAACAUAGUGGAUGGUUCCAAGAGUAUCACUGAUAUUUAUAACGAGGCUUUGGCUGUGUAUCACGUUAUUUAUGACUAUGCCAUGGUUAAAAAGGAUGUUGCAAGAUGUGGCUUUGCAUGGAAGGUUGCUGGCUCAGUUCUUGUUAGGUAUUAUGCAGAAAAACAGUAUCAGAAGACUUUGAUAUGUAGUCCUGCUGUAUUGCGUGAGAUAUUUGGUUCUUGAAACGCAUCAACUUGGUUCUAUAAUAAUCAGGAGUGAAGUGAAAGACUUCCGUUUUCGUUUUUUUUUUUGGGCCCGUCAUCUUAUCUGAAGUUGGGAAGUAGGAAGGCAUUUAGAUCAACGGACAUUAAUGAACCAUCACCGAUAGACGUUGCACUUGCCACGGUAAUUUCAAAUCAAGGUCCGGGGCACUAGAAGUUGCUUACUCUCUUGUAGUAAUAAUGGGUGUCUCACUAGAAGCUGAUGUCUGUUUCGGUCCCUGCUUCUUGGUGUUAGCUCCCUUACUGUUCGGUUCUGUUGUUGCUGUGCUUUGUGUGUGUUUAUUCUCCCUGUUAGUGUUUGGUGUUUGUUGUGAUUUUGUUUGUUUUUGUGGCCUUGCGUGUGCCUUAGCUGCUAGUGCAGCCUAUGUAUCCUGUUUCUUGCUUAGUACUUGUACUUUGCAAGAGUUAUUUAAUGAAAUUUGCAGAUUAAUA